CAUUUCUCCAUUUUACACACAAAGACACACAGAGAAAUGUAUUUAUGGCUGAAGUGAAAUGUGAGAGCGGAGAGACGACAGGUGAACUCGCCGAAGCUAAAGGAGGCUACGCAGAGAGGUGACCAGCCUCAUUUGACUGCAGCAAGAGGGCACAGGCUCACAUGUCCAUCCACACAGAGGAUGAUAUCUCUGCCACCACCUUUCACUUGCCUCUGAACCCAAGACUCCUCCUGUCACUCAACCUUGCCACCUAGUGGUGCUCUAAUGGUUUGACUCCUGGUCAACAGAAAUCUUCCAGACAGCUACCUCCCUCAUCUGGGGAAAUGCCUGCCCUACAAUGCUUCCCUGAGAUCCAAUCUGCAUACCUUUGAGGCUUAUAAGAACAUCACUUGGUGGAGGAGCCUCCUUUCCAGCUUCAGUUCCAAGUUAAUAAAUCUGUUCUUUGAGUGACAUAUGUGUGAUAUACAUCUAUGAUCUAUGGUUUCAUGCUGGAGUUAAUGGUGCCUCAAGGAAAGCAAUAUUUCUCAUCCAACGAGAGGGAAACUUAGCCAUAAAGAAAGGUGACUCCCUGCAAGAGACUGAGGAAAACAAAGCCAAAUGGAACUAAUAUCAAAUGUCACAUCAGUCACACCAACCGCCACACAAAAUGUUACCUUAAUGAACCCGAGGAGCAGAUAUAAAUCUCAGAACUGGGAGUUCCUGGUUGGCGUCCUGGCCAUAGCCAUCUCUGUCUCCAUCAUCAUGGCCCUGCUGGCAAAAUGCCAGGUGGUGCGGCGUUACCUGGCCAGCUACAGACACACAAGGCUGAUGGACACGGACGGUGCGAGCCAGUGUGGCCAAUCAGGCCAGGAGGGGGAGUUUGCCCUGCAGAGUGGACGUGGCGUAAACCCUCACUGCCUGCCUCCUGAGAGCGAGGAAGAUGAUGAUGGCUUUAUCGAGGACAACUACAUCCCGGCCAGUGAGAGGAUGAGGGCUGAGAGAGCGGCGGAGAACAUGGAGGACACAGAUGACACAGAGGAAGAGAUGGAUGAGAUUGAAUUCUCCAUCGCUUAGGAGGACUGCUCAAACCACCAGCUUCACUCCCUAUAAUUUUUCAUUUCUUCUUACUCCUACUAUUGCUCUUAAAAUGGAUAUUUGUUUCAUGGCCCUAAUUUAUGGCAGAAAAGUGCACUACUAUGGCAUUGGUUCACGAUGUACAGUCUGAUAAAUACACAAAUUUUCUGUCAUGCAGAAACAGUUUUGUGUGACAGAAGUUAAAGUCACUGACAUGUUUUUUCUAACACGUAAAAAUUUGGCUGUUUUUGUUCAGAAAUAGCCCUUUUUAAAUUUUGCUUUAAAGAGAAAAAAAAGGCUGAAAUGAUCUGCUUGAUUUAGGAAAAUACCCAAAAAACAAUAGUAUAUUUCUUUGCACUGUCAUGUUUUGUCACUUGUGAUGUGAUCAAACGUUUAAAUAUGGUAUGCAAGGACUACAGAAAUACUCUGAGAAGCACCUAUAAGCCAUUCAAAGACUGGCACUUCUUCUGUUGCAUCAUCUGGAUACAUACAACGUUGUUUCCUCAUGUUUAAAAGCCCAUGAAUUGUACAGACUAUCCUCAAAAAACAUAAUUGCUGCUGCAUUCAAAGGAAAUGCAUUAGCCUACUUGUUAUAACUUUCUACUAUACUGCUAUUUUUAGAAACACUGUACUGGGUUGUGCAAGAAUUUAACACCUCUACUGUAAAACAUAUGAAAUCAAAAGAGUAUAACCUCAAUAAAAAACAAAGAAACAGAGUGA